AUGAUCGUCUCUGCAAGCGGUGGCUCACUGCACGGCACGUGGUCAAGCGAGAACGCUAUCGCGUCCGACCGCCGCUUGAAACGCGACAUCAAGCCGCUAAAGCGCACGCUGCGCGAUGUCCAGAAAGAUCCAGAGCAGGGCAUGUCCCCCAUGCCGCUGGGUGUCCCGAAAAGCUUGACCACCUCUCCGAAGGAGAGCAUGGAAGCAGGGCCCCUUUGGACGCUUCGGCAGCUGCGCCCUGUCUCCUACUACUUCAAGAAGGGUAGCGAGUCCAAGUACAUGCGGUUCGGCUUCAUAGCCGACGACCUUGAGUCCGUCGUGCCCCAAGUUGUGCGAACAACUCGUGGUGAGUCCUUCGACGAUCAAAAAGGUGUCAUGUACCAGGACCUCAUUGCCCUGCUGACUGCAGCAGCGCAAGGUCAGCAGCAGAUCGUGGAGCAGCAGCAAGACCGCAUGGAUAGACUCCUUGCAGACUUCGCAUCGCUGAAGAACGAGCUGCACACCUUGAAGCAGGAGGAUCUGGACUUGCCGCGGGUCGACCUGCGUGGAAGGAAGAAGAAGAAAGGUGGAAAAGGCCAAUUGAAGGUAAAGACCGCAGAGGCAGACACCUCUGCGGCUCCGAAUACCACAAAUGCGACCAACGCCACCAACACCACGCA